AGGGUGUGUGGCGGUUCGUUUCUUUUAACUUAUGCAAUGACCCGAAUAGGAAAAAGAGCGCUGCUCUAUGUGGUCAGCGGGUCGCGCGAAGGUCCGUAACGCGCGCAGGCCUUUUUAUUAUUUUAUGCCCGCCGGCGUAUUGAUUGGGGGCGGGAGGGCGUAAUAAGUGGACGCGCGGCCCGACGGGCAGACACACGUGAGACUUGGCCCAGGUCGCACGCACCAUGUCUCGACACUCUCCGAGGCGCUCCUUCGACGCCUUCUAAGGGCGGGAGGCAUGCUGCUCGCCACAGGAGUGGGACUUUUGCUGCUGGCCACCACUGCCCUGGGGGCCGUGGCCUUCGACUUCGACCUGUUGGAAAAUGCCACCUUUGCCAAAGAACGAGACCACCUGAGCUCAACCGCGGGCGAGCAGCACACUCACUCGGGCAUUCACGUGGCCAGCUGGCGAUGGGACGAAAUCGGCGUUUUCUUCACCUUCACUGCAUUUGUCCUGGUCACGGGACUGGCCAAAGUCGCUUUCCAUCACGUGCAUUUUUUAUCCUCGAGAAUACCCGAAUCCUGUCUGAUGAUCAUAAUGGGCGUAGCCGUCGGCGGCGUCUUGUAUGCUGCGGGUGUGCAAGGGCCGGAGGCUGCGGCGCUCGCCACCGACAAAAUCCUCGACGACCAUCCCAAAGUGAACCCGACGCCGGUGCACGAGUCCGGCGGCCACGACCAGCCCUUCAUCAUGCCCAUGUUCACGCCAAGAUUGUUUUUCCUCGUCCUGCUGCCCCCGGUUAUUCUGGAGUCGGCUUACUCGCUCUACGACAGAGCGUUUGCGGAUAAUCUGUCCACUAUCUUGCUCUACGCCGUUGUGGGGACACUGUUUAACACUUUUGCAAUCGGCGCUCUUUUAUUUGGAAUCUACAAACUCGGAAUCAUGGGAUCGCUUUGGCAAUUCGGCGGAUUCGCCUCGUCUUCCUACUCUUUGACCCUGCUGGACAGUCUGGUCUUUUCGUCCUUGAUUUCGGCCGUCGAUCCCGUGGCUGUGCUCGCCAUAUUUCAAGAGGUUGGCGUCAACAAAGAUCUCUAUUUCCUAGUUUUCGGCGAGUCCCUCCUGAACGACGCUGUCACCGUGGUGCUGUACACGACGAUGGUGGCCUUCACCGAAAUGCCCGUGAUCCGCGGAGAGCAGUACGCGUUGGCAGUGCUCUCCUUUUUCACCGUGAGCUGCGGAGGCCUGGUCGUCGGCGUCAUCGGUGGCCUCUUUACGGCGCUAAUCACGAAGACGACUCAGGAUGUUCGAGUUGUGGAGCCUUUGGCCGUUUUAGGAAUGGCCUACCUUUCCUACCUCAGUGCCGAGUUGUUCCACUUUUCCGGAAUCAUUAGCAUAAUUGGCUGUGGAUUAGUUCAAGCUCACUACGCGCUCAAAAACAUUUCGCACAAAUCGUACACAACCGUAAAAUACUUCACGAAAAUGCUCAGUUCGACUAGUGAUGCCAUCAUAUUUCUAUUUUUGGGAAUGGUUUUGGUCAGCGACAAGCACGUGUGGCACACCGGCUUCGUCCUGUGGACCCUGUUGCUCUGCCUCAUAUGCAGAUUCGUAGGCGUUUUUCUGCUCACCGCGUUGAACAAUUUGAUGAGCGUGCGCCAGAUCGAGAUGCAGGAGCAGUUCAUCAUGGCCUACGGAGGCCUGCGAGGAGCGGUCGGCUUUUCUCUGGUCGUGAUGCUGGACGGGUCGCUGGUUCCGCCGCGCCAGCUCUUCAUCACGGCCACCCUCGUCGUCAUCCUCUUCACCGUUUUUAUCCAAGGUGGUACAAUAAAAACUCUUGUUGACCUGCUGCACAUUGAAAGGUCUCAAUCAGGACACAAGUUGCUGCACGAAGAAGUGUCGGAUCAUGUGAUAAGCAUGCUGAUGGCCGGGAUAGAGGAAAUCGCUGGCGCGAGGGGCGACUAUUAUGUCAGGCGAAAACUGGAGUAUUUGGAUGACAAAUACCUGAAGCGCAUUUUCAUGAACCCUGACGCAGAAAACGACCUGACGAGGCUAUUCGAAAAGCUCACUUUGACCGAGCACUUUGCCCACUUGUACGGCCCGGUGACGCUGGUUGAGGACCAGAAUUUGUUCGGCGGAUACGGCUCGCGGGAAUCGCUGGACCCGGCCAAGGCUGCCCUGAUGGGCUUGCCGCCGCCUGGAGCCUUCCUCAGGGUGACCGACCUGUUCCCUGGCGUCGAGCUGCGCCGCCGAGGCACCCUGGUCUUGUCCUCCGCCAGCCCUUCCAUGCCGCCUUCGAGAGGACGGUCGCGCACCCUUACCGAGGGAGAGCUCACGUCAUCCAACCUGACGCUGAGGAAGGCCCUGAAGAACACACCCUAUCAAAGGUUCCACUACAAGCACAACAGGAACUUGAUCGACGACGACUACCAGGAGUUGAGGGACCACCUGGAACGCAGGCUACUGACCGCGAGAAGAAUCACGCACAUGGCCGCUCUCAGGCACCACUCGGCGCAGUCUGCGAUCCAAAGUUCCGGCGCAAACUCUUCCCUCGAAGUGCAGGACCCCGAGUUUUUCGGCCAGAGACGAAGACAGGUGGUUUCAGGAGUCACUACUGUCCCUGAAGAGUGUGUCCCCAAACAGCAAUAUUUGACGGUCAAUAGAGAGUUGGAAGGCGUGUUUCCCGAAGAUUUGCCCGGCAUGAACGCCAUUUUCACGCGGACAAACCGCAGACUGUCGCUCGCGAGACAAAGGUCAAACGAAGCUUCGGACGCGGCAAACAAAUCGCUAUCAGACGAGGUGGCCGGUCCAGCCAGUCUGCACGUGCUGCAGCGCCAGUCGCGCAUCUCGGAGUCGCCAAACCCCGAGGUGAACGAAACGGAGGAACGCCUGCUCUCCCCCUACCGCACCUUGCCAAAUGUGCCGCAAAGGGGCUCGCGCCGCGGCAGCUCAGAGUCCGAAGUGUGAAUAAGUGCGUUAAAUGUGGAGUUGUGAAGCGAGGGAAGUGAGACAGACAUUCGUGUGCUCUUUGAAAUUAACUGAUAAUAAUUGUUUAGAUAGAUGCAAUAGUGUACGUGGCGUGAAAUAGGAAUGACAUUUGGUAGAGCUGUGUGAGCCUAAUUAUUUUUGUAACAUGUUAAAAUUGAUUUUUUAAUAAAGUUAUGUGACAGAAUAAGA